AUGGCUCCCGCAAAGAAGGGUGGCGGGGAGAAGAAGGGCCCUCCUGCCAUCAACGAGGUAGUGACCAUCAACAUUCACAAACGUAUCCAUGGAGUGGGUUUCAAGAAGUGUGCCCCUCGGGCACUCAAAGAGAUCCGGAAAUUUGCCAUGAAGGAGAUGGGAACUCCAGAUGCGCACAUUGACACCAGGCUCAACAAAGUUGUCUGGGCCAAAGUUCCAUACCAUAUCCGUGUGCAGUUGUCCAGAAAAUGUAACGAGGAUGAAGAUUCACCAAACAAGCUCUACAUGCUGGUUAUUUACGUACCUGUCACCACUUUAAAAAAUCUACAGACUAUCUCUGACUCAAUCUGGCCAUGA